AUGGCGGGGAAGAUGGCGACGGUGGGGCGGGGGCAGGUGGGCGUGCUGUUUUCUAGGACGUUCAAUCUCACCUGCCUUCGCCGGAUCUCCUCUUCCCCUUCGCUCUCUCAGGAGCCGCAGCCGUUAGAGCCCUCCGCUCCCUCUGAGCCCACUCCACUUCCGCCAAGGCCUUCCUCGGGGAGUCCUCUGUACCAGGAUAACAACUGGAGGAGUCCUAGCCUCGGCACAUCGGGUUCCUUCCUCGUCCCCGUGGGGAUGGGGCUUUCUUCAGCCUCUACAAGCUCCGCGAAGAUCCAGGCCUUCUCGCAGACGCUCGACGCUGAGAGCCUGAUGAACGUGUUCGCAGACUGGACGGCCACGCAGAGGUGGUCGGACAUGAGACAGCUGUUCGAGUUCUGGAUCCGGACGCUGGACAGCAAUGGCAAGCCCAACAGACCCGACGUGGACCUCUUCAACAACUAUCUCAGAGCCAACUUCAUGCUGGACGCCUCUGCCGGGGAGCUUCUAGACCUCGUGGCGCAGAUGGAGGAGUACGAGGUUUCACCCAAUACUGCCUCCUACAACCUGGUCCUCAAAGCCAUGUGUAAGACUGGAGAGAGUGAAGCUGCGCAGAAGCUGCUUGAUCGGUGAGGGAACCUCUUCCUUGUCUGGUCUUUGGUAUCCAUUUGAGGUACCCGUUCCCAUUUUCUCAGAUCAUUAAAAUGAAAAACAAGACUCAGAAGGGAGCUUCUCUUUUGAAUGGAAGAUGGUUGGCCGAAUGCCGAAAAAUCUUCCCAGUCUCUGCCAUCAGUUUGCUCCAUUUUCUAUUCGAGGAUUCGGUCUUCAUGAAUUAUCUUCAACGUACGUUCUUCCUGCAUUUUAUGCAUCAGAUGAAAUCUGCUCGUUCUGUCUGAUCGUCCACAUCAUUCUCAGUUUCACCUUGCAAGGUAGGGAAUUGUUAUAGUCCAGAGUAAAGACAUAAUCGGUUUCAUUCCGAGACUUCCAGCGAAGAAAUUCCUCAAUUUUUUGUAUUUAACUGAAAAUCGGCAUCUCAUCACAGUCUUUCUAAAUCAUAUUCCCAUACUUUGAUCCAUGCCUGUGGUUUUAUCGUCGCUGGGACAGAUGGGCUGCAAUUUUUGUCUGCAUUUGACUUGUUCGUGAUCCCUUUUUUUGACGUUGGAAUGCUCAAACUUCAAUCUACACUGUUGGAGGUAAUCUUGUGCCAUCUCUGCUCGUUGUGUUCUUUUUGGACGACGGCGGAUCUCUGUUCCCAUUGAGAGUGAAUAGAUAGUUUUCCGAUCAGCUUUAUUCUCUCUCAAAUGCUGAAUCAUGCCAUCCGCUUCUAUGAUGAAUUCUCUAUUUAUUGACGUCAGGAUGCUGCAGACAGGGACCAAUUCCUUCCCCGAUGACGAAUCAUAUAACUUGGUCACUGGGUUGCUGCUUUCGGCGAAUCAGAUUGAUUCGGCGUUGAAAUACAUAGAUCUAGCGCUGAAAAAUGGUCAUGUGUUGUCGAUCAAUGUGUUCACGACCUGUGUACGGAGCUGCAUAAGUGCCGGAAGAUUGGACGCAUUGACAUCUGUGAUAGAGAAAUGCAAGGUAAUUAUUUACUUUCAGCUACCCCUGUUUACCGAAUCAAUGUUGCCUUAAUAUUUACUCCAUUGAACCACCCCCUAUUUCUCAAUCUCCUCCAUGGUGGCUUGCGACAAUACUCUACCCAUCUUGGGUUCUGACCCAAAUCUUGCCAACAAGGUUCAUAUUACUCCAAAACCCUGUAACUUCUGACUAGAAGGGUCGUCCUUAGUUCUCACACUGCCUUUGCAGUCAGUCAGAUACCUUUUCAUUUUUUCUAUCUCUUUUGUUAAGGGGUCCUACUCAUAUGGAAAUAUGUCUAUUUCUAGACAAUGGAUCAGAACAAGGCUCUUUGUCCUCCCUGGGCUCUGUGCAACUACAUUGCAGAUGUCGCCUUUCAGGCUGACCAUAGUAAACUAAGCUACUUCGCUCUGGAGUUCCUUGCCCGAUGGAUCGUUCGAGGGGAGAACGCCAGGCCGCCCGUUCUCCUCUCUGCAGACGAAGGGUUGGUAGUCUCAGCACUUAGUGUUGCAGCGAGGACGUAUAACUCCUCUCUCUUGGAUGCCUCUUGGUCGAUCCUUAGGCGUUCCUUGCGUGGUAAAAGGCUGCCUACAGCAGAGUCUUACCUUGGAAAAAUCCACGCUCAUGCCUCUUUGGGAAACCUUCAGCGGGCUUUCAGUACCCUGAAUGAAUUUGAAACAGCAUAUGGGCAAUCUCCUGGAACAGAAGAUCUCUUCUCUCCGUUCACAUCCCUGCAUCCGUUGGUCGUUGCAUGCUGCAAGAAUGGCUUUGCCACUCUGGACACAGUAAGCUGGUCUCCAAAUUUGUCAUUUUCAGGGUGAUAAUUCUAUGCUGCGAUGUAUAUACUUAUACUAAUUUUAGUUUAUGUAAAAAUCUCAGGUCUAUUUCCAGCUAGAAAACCUAAGCCGUACUGAUCAGCCUUACAAAUCGGUCGCCGCUCUGAAUUGUGUUAUAUUAGGUUGCGGUAACAUAUGGGACCUCGAUCGCGCCUACCAGACUUUCGAGGCUAUCUCAGGCACUUUCGGGUUGGCACCUGAUAUCCAUUCCUACAAUGCUCUGAUGAGUGCCUUUGGAAAGGUCAAGAAGGUCAGCGCUUGCUCUGGGACACAUUUGGAUAGCAUCUGAUGGUGAUUUUCAAGGGCUCUUUGUUUCCCAUUUCCUAUUUGGGGCUCAUCGUGUGUUCUAAUGGCGUACAGACUUUUGAGGCUUCGAGGGUCUUCGAACACAUGACCGGUCUGGGUGUGAAGCCAAACUCGACAACAUAUCUGCUGCUUGUCAACGCCCAUCUGGUGAAUAAGGAUCAGAAAGCCGCACUCUCUGUGAUCGAUGAGAUGGUUUGACUUCCCUCCAUCACCUCCUCUCGUUCAAUGAUAGGAGGGGCAUAUAACUAAUAUGUUAUUUCUGCAAACUGUCAGAACUGACCCUUUAGUCCGGACCUUGGAGCAGGUGGAGGCUGGUUUUGUCCCUGAUAAGGAAGUCCUCCGAAAGGUCCGGCGGCGAUGUGUGAGGGAGCUGGACUUUGACAGUAAUGAUCAGGUGGAGUCACUGGCGAGAAAGCUUAGUUACAGGCUAGGCAGCGAAUUCCGGAGGGAGAUGCUCUUCAACCUUGAUUACAGCAUGAACAAUGCCUGA